AUGGAGGUGGUCAAGCUGCUCAUCGAGAAGGGUGCUAGCGUCACAGUCACAGAUGAGGACGGGUGGACGCCAUUACAUGCAGCAUCACAGAAUGGACACAUCGAGGUGGUCAGGCUACUGCUAAUAACUCUGGGCGUCGAAACUAGCAGGGCAGACAAUCAUGGUCGUACAGCGUUGUUCUUCGCUUCCAGAUGUGGGUACAACAAUGUGGUUCAAGCGCUGCUUGCUGAUGGGCGAAUUGACCCGGGCAGCAAGGACUGGUACCGUUCGACAUCGUUGUUUGCUGCCGUGAGGAACGGCCACUUCGAAGUGGUGGAGCUUUUACUCGCGGCUGGAGGCAUCACCAUUGAGGGCCAAGACGGUUUUGGUCGGAGUCUCUUCUGGUGGGCGCGGCGUACUGGCAAUCUUCGAGUCCUUCAGCUCCUAGUGCAGCAUGCCGAAAGGGCAGGCAGUCCUAUCCCCGACGACCCUGCUCCUGUCAAUGCCGCCUCUAUUCCGUUUGAUCAUGAAUCCGCUUGGUGCGACGCCUGUACACUGAGCAUUCGGAAAGGCUGUGGAUAUUCUUGCAGAGUAUGUGAUAGCGGGGGUUUUUACUUGUGCGUCGAGUGCUUUGACGGAGGUAUCCGAUGCCGUGACAUCUCCCAUGUGCUGGUGCCUCGGUGAGCGCCCAGAAGACCUAUCCCUAAUGGCCUGCGCGGCUGUAUGUAAGUUGAUUUAGAAGAUCUCACCAAGUAUGCACAAGUUCAUACAUUUCAACUGCUUGACCUCGUCAGAGUCUUUUGGCAGUCCGAUGUUGGCAGUGAAUACAUAUCUAAUUUAAACUGGCCGUAAAUCAUGUCCCUACAACCUGUAGGCC